AUGACAAUGCUUCUCUCGGCCGACAAGCUCAACAACAUGGCCGCGUCCGGCAGGUCGCCGGACGCGACCAGCGCCCCGGCAUCCACGUCGAUGCUCCAACAACUCACGGCCACGUUGCGCGAGGCCCUGGUACAACAAGUGUCGAUUUUGGUUGUCGUCUCGUCCGUGGAGGACGUACAGUAGUACGGGACGAACCCGGAACCUGGAUACACUAACGUUACCACGAUCACCACCGCGGCAUAUGCUCUCCACAUAACGCAUCCACACCACCCAACCUCCCUAACCAACUCCUGUGACC